AAUUGAAAAACCUUUUCUCUUCAUUGUUACUGUCUUCUUCUUCCACUAAUCCUAGCGACCUGCCCCUUUUGCUCGAUCCUCUCUCACUUCCUCGAUCCCGGAGCUGUCGCUGGCGUUGGCCUUCCUGUUAACGGCUCCUUCUUUCUUAUCAUUUUUUCUUUUUCACUUCCCUCUUCCUCCUGCCGCCAGUUUUGGCUCUUUCUAGAAAACCCUAGCGUCCCUCAACAGAACCUAAUUGCUAUUGCCGGCUUUGGGCCGUGCCAGUGGUGGCGGCGACAACGGCGUUCUCUCCUUUCCUUUCUCUGCCUUAAUUGAACUCAAUUGGAACAGUACCAAAAGGAAUUUUUAUUCUUCGAAUCAAUGGCUUUUUCGCGUAGCCUUUCCAAUAGAGCAACUCUAAUUGCUAGACGAUAUCGACCAUCAUUUGCGUACAUUCUCCAUGAAGAUGACCGUAAAAAUCAAUCUUUAAACCCGUCCCAAUCUCAUGAAAAACCCGGUAAUUUUGUUCAACAGAGAUCUUUUGGAACUGGGUUUAGUAAUUCAUCCUCAGGGUUUGGUGUGUUGUUCCAAGAUAGAAUAUGUUCCCAACUAUCUUUUCAUCCAAGCUCUGGCAUGUCUUUUUGUCGAUAUAUGUCUACAACCAUUGGUGGUGGGGCAGAUAUGAGUGCAGCGGCUUCUGCUGUUAAUGCUGGUGGGGCAGAUAUGAGUGCAGCGGCUUCUGCUGUUAAUGAGGUUGCCAUUGCUGCUGCUGAUUCUUGGUUUCCGGUUGCUGCCUUGCAGCAUGUUAUUGAUACGGUUCAUUCUUUUACUGGCUUCCCCUGGUGGGCUUCCAUAGUAGUGACAACCCUUUUGAUUCGAGGGGCAACUAUUCCACUUCUGAUAAAUCAACUUAAAGCUACUUCAAAAUUUACUCUAUUGAGGCCACGCUUGGAGGAAAUCAAGGAGCAGAUGCAAAGCAAGGGUAUGGAUUCCCUGACAGUAGCUGAAGGUCAAAAGGAAAUGAAAAAGCUUUUCAAUGAAUAUGGUGUGACUCCGUUUAGUCCAAUGAAAGGGCUGUUUAUUCAGGGGCCCAUCUUUAUCAGCUUUUUCCUCGCUAUUUCAAACAUGGCUGAGAAAGUGCCGUCAUUUAAAUGCGGUGGACCGUAUUGGUUUAUGGAUCUUACUACUCCAGAUGAUUUAUAUAUUCUUCCAGUUUUGACAGCCCUUAGUUUUUUGAUAACAGUGGAGUGCAACAUGCAAGAAGGUAUGGAAGGGAAUCCUGCCGCUGGAACUAUAAAAAAUGUCUCUAGGGUUUUAGCUGCUCUUACAGUUCCAUUUACCAUGAGUUUCCCAAAGGCCAUAUUUUGUUAUUGGAUUACAUCAAAUUUGUUUUCCCUCACCUAUGGCCUAGUGCUCAAGUCUCCAGGGGUGAAGAAGGCUUUAGGUGUUCCUGAAAUACCUAAGCCACCGCCAGGUGCUGCACAAAAGCCUUCUGGUGAUCUGUUUGCAGCUCUCAAACAAGCUGUCAAACAAGGCAGAGCAGCAACACAAGAAUCUACCUCAUUACCUGUUGAACCAGCAAAAGUAUCAAACCAAAUAACAUCCUCUUCUUCGGCUAUCAGUCAGAGGCUUAAAAGUUUAGAGAGACAAGUAAAAGGAAGGAAGAAAAACAAGAAGAGGUGAGAAGGCUUUCCUGCAAGAAGUUGAACUGCCCUUAAUUUCCGAAGAUGAGGAUACUGGUGUUAGAAUGACUAAUAUAUAUUAAAAAUUUGCAUUAUAUAUUAUUUUUGGUAGGGCCUGCUGUUUGGGCCACAGAAACAAAGUGACAGGAGAGUUAUUUUGCAAUUGAAGAGUUAAGAGAGUUUUCUUUUUCCCUGGAUUUGGGGUUUGUUGUACGGGUAAACAUGUAUUCACUGCUCAUGUAGUGAAGAAAAAUAAAAUACAAGUAAACCACAUGUUGGAAGGCUUUAGGCUUACACUUAAGAUUGGUUCCUUGAAAUAUGAGAGCUAUCUUUUUGUAUUGGUGUAUGAAACAUUCUUCAUCUAGAACGGUGUUUCUCGGGGAUCCUCCUGGGGCAGUGUAUCUAUUUUUUAGGCAAUAUUAUCUCAUUGUAAUUUGGCA